CACUAUUAUUCCAGGUAUCCUUAAAGCAGUAACAUAGAAGGGUUAAGCUUCAAAGAUGAAGGUUUUUCUAGGUAUUAGUUUUGGACUUUUCAUACUUUGUUCAAUAGAAUCCAAGUCUUUAAGUAUCGAGCAUUCUAGGAAGCCAAUAUUUAAAGACUUUUACGGAAAACUGAACCCAGAAGUAAGAGGAAACCCUGGAGAGCCCCUGAUAUUAACUGACUUGAUUAAAGCAGGGAAGCUAGAUGAAGCUCAGAACCAAGCACUCGUAGAAGGAUUGGAUACUGAUGUUAAAAGUUAUUCCGGGUAUUUUACUGUAGAUAAAAAUCAUAAUUCUAAUAUCUCCUUCUGGUUUUUCCCUUCACAAAGUGACCCUAGUUCGGAUCCGGUAGUUCUAUGGCUACAAGGAGGACCAGGAUCUCCAUCCAUGUUUGGACUUUUUCAGGAAAAUGGACCUCUCCUAUUAAAGGAUGGUCAACUUGGCGUUAGACCGACGUCUUGGAAUAGGAAUCACUCAGUUAUCUACAUUGAUCAGCCAGCUGGAACUGGAUGGAGUUUCACUACUGGAGGAUACGCCAAAGAUCAGCAAAAAGUAGCUGCUGAUUUGUACGAGGCUUUGCAGCAGUUUUUCACUCUAUUUUAUCAAUAUCAGGAUAGAGAAUUCUUCGUUACAGGCGAAUCUUAUGGAGGAAAGUAUGUUCCUGCUAUAAGCUAUAAAAUUCACCAAGAGAACGAGGACGCAAAGCUGAAGAUCAAUCUUAAAGGUUUGGCUAUAGGAAAUGGUUUUACUGAUCCUAUCGUACAAGUGCGAUAUUCGGACUACGUCUACCAACAUGGACUAGUUGAUUUGAAUAUGAGAAAUGAGCUCCAUAAAACGGAAAAUAUGGCUGUACAAGCUAUUACAUUAGGGGAGUACCAUGAUGCAUAUGAUUUAUGGAAUUUAAUCGUAAACACUAUAGAAAAAUACACGGCAUUAGAUAUAUACAACUAUCUGUCACUUAAAGGAAGUGCUGCCGAUCAAAAAGAGUUGGACGAAUUUUUUAGUAAGGAAGAAGUAAGAAAGGCAAUUCACGUUGGCAGCACUGAAUUCGAUGACGGUGAGGUUUAUACUAAUCUCGAAGAAGAUAUUCCCAAAUCAGAGGCACAUAAAGUCGCGGAACUCUUAAAACACUAUAGAGUAUUAAUCUACAAUGGACAAACAGAUCUUAUAGUUCCUUAUGCUUUAACAGUAAACUAUUUGCAGAAAUUACACUUCCCUGGGUCCGAAGAAUACGCAAAAGCAGAGAGAAUUGUAUGGCAUGAUGCUAAUGAUCCAGAGGUGGUUGCUGGGUACGUGAAAACGGCUGGAAAGUUAACAGAAAUUAUGGUUAGGAAUUCUGGGCAUAUGGUACCGGCAGAUCAACCAGAAUGGGCUUUACAACUCAUUAAUAAAUUUACAAGAAAUGUACCUUUCAAUUAAAUAUAUUUUAAAUUAUUUAACAAA